AUGUACCGUAAUACACCUCAUUCAACAACACAAGAAAUGCCAGCUCAGUUAAUGUUCGGUCGAACAACUCGUUUACAAUUUGAUGCAUCAACACCAAUUAAACACCAGCAAAAGGGUUUUUAACCGACAAAUAUCGCAAAUAAACAAUGGAGAUAAUAGAAUAUCAUUCACUGUAGGCGAUAAGGAUUUAGCUAAAGAUUAUAGGAAUAAUAAUAAUAAAUGGCAAAAGAGUAAAAUCAUCAAAUGUAUUGGUAACAAUAUGUCUGACGUAGAACUUAAUAAUGAAACUAUUUGGAAAAGAUAUAAUAAUCAAUUACUGAUCGACAAAUCUUUAACACCUUUAAGCAAUUACAUUUCACUUAUACUCGCCAGAAAACCAAUUGAAGUUCCCAAUCCUACAAUGAAAGAUGAAACUCCCAGACCAAUUAGGUCUAGGAAACUGCAUCAGCGAUACUCUCCAAGCGAUUUUAAAUAA